GGCGGGUUUCGCCCGCCAUUAAGCUGAGCUGACAGGACUACAGCUUCCCGUGCGCCGCGGAGCCCCGGCGCGGCUACGGGGUGCGAGGAAGGGCAAAACGCGUUCCUCGCCGCACACACACACCCCCCGCAUCGGUGUCCCUGCGUGUCGGGGAGUUGGCGGUGAGGGCAGCCGGGACCAUCCGGGAGGAUGGAGGAGAAGCCGUCCGCCACCAUCAAGCCCUACCUGGACAAGCUCACCCUGGGGGUCACACGGAUACUGGAGACUUCUCCAGGAGUUGCCGAGGUGAAGUUUGUGGAAAAGGAGCCAGCUGAACGCCACACAAUCAUUUCAUGGGAGCAAAAAAACUCCUGCUUGUUGCCAGAGGAUUUAAAGAACUUUUAUCUGAUGACCGAUGGCUUUCAGAUGACCUGGAGUGUGAAGACAGAUGAUACACCAAUGCCCCUGGGCUCCAUGGUGAUUAAUAGUGUCUCGAAGCUAUGUCGGCUUGGAGGUUCCUCUAUGUACACUCUGCCUAAUGCACCAACUCUUGCUGACCUGGAAGAUGACACAGGCGAGGAAGGCAGUGGAGACAAACCAGAGAAGCCACACUUCGAUUCUCGUAGUCUCAUCUUUGAAUUAGACCCAUGCAAUGGGAAUGGGAAAGUUUGUCUUGUUUAUAAGCACACUAAACCAGUUGUCUCCCCAGACACAGAGAUAUGGUUCCUUGACAGAGCUCUGUAUUGGCAUUUCCUCACCAAAACCUUCACAGCCUACUACCGCCUGCUCAUUACCCACCUCGGUCUUCCACAGUGGCAGUACGCCUUCACCAGCUACGGAGUCAGCCCCCAGGCCAAGCAAUGGUUUAACAUGUAUAAACCCAUAACCAUCAACACAUCUCUCCUCUCUGAAGAAGCUGAUUCCUUUGUGAACAAGCUGGACCCCAAUAAGGUAUUUAAAAGCAAGAACAAAACACCGGUGAUCAAAAAGAAACAACCUUCCCAGCCAGCAGGCUCCCAAAAGAGUCACACGAGCAUGACCUCCUCCAAGACAUCCUCACUAGCUGGGAAUUCUUCAAGGAAGUGAGACCCCCAGAUCUGACCCAGGACAGCGUUUGCAACAAGCUUUGAUGUUCUCCAAUGCAGAGUCAGUGGUUCAGACCAAGUUCCUUGUGCAUGGAUAGAUAUGCCCAUGGAAAACACAUUGCAGCAUUUGCAUGAAAUACAGCCACAAUGUACUUUGGCAUGGGAGGAAUAUAGUUCCUCGAGACUGUGAGAAAAAAACUUGCAACAUUGAUUUCAUUUCUUUCUGCUACUUGCAGCAUGUACUUUCCAGAGGGCAUGAAGAAGCCCUUGAUGUCACUGCUGUAUUGGGAAGCUUUUGUUCUUGUGCAACUACAGCAGUAAAAUGAAAGCGAAUGUAAGUCACCAUUACUUUAAUAGACCCAUGCUGAAAUACAGUGUAUGAAGAUAUUUCUGCUAUCUCCUUUGAAAGAAACCUGUCCUAACCUUGCAUGCUAUGGAUUAGGCUGGAACUCACUGAACAAAGAAAUAUCUUUUGCUUCCGACAGAAUCAGACUCUGCACUUCCCUGUGCUCCUUCCAACUUCUGCUCUCAGAGUCAUGGUUCAAAGAGACCUUGGGCUUCCAUGUCUCUGCACUGGCCUAGUUGCUUGCUCUACAGCCCAGACCACUUAGAAUCAUAGAAUCAACUAGGUUGGAAAAGACCUUUAAGAUCAAGUCCAACCAUUACCCCAGGACUGCCAAGUCCACCAUUAAGCCAUGUCACUGAGGGCCUCAUCUACAUGGUCUUUGAACACUUCCAGGGAUGGUGACUCCACCACUUCCCUGGGCAGCUUGUUCCAAUGCCUGAGCACCCUCUCUGUGAAGAAAUUGUUCCUAAUCUCCAGUCUAAACCUCCCCUGGUGCAGCUUGAGGCCGUUUCCUCUUGUCCUGCCGCUUGUUACUUGGGAGCAGAGACCGACCCCACUUCACUACAGCCUCCUUUCAGGCAGUUGCAGAGAGCGAUAAGGUCUCUCCUGAGCCUUCUCUUCUCCAGACUAAACCCCCCCAGGUCCCUCAGCUGUUCCUCAUCACACUUGUGCUCCAGACCCUGCACCAGCUCCAUUCCCUUCUCUGGCCCUGCUCCAGCACCUCAAUGUCUCUCUUGUAGCGAGGGGCCCAGAACUGAGCACAGGAUUCGAGGUGCAGCCUCACCAGUGCCCAGUGCAGGGGGAUGAUCACUGCCCUGGUCCUGCUGCCACACUGCUGCUGAUAAGGCCAGGAUGCUGUUGGCCUUCUUGGCUGUCUGGGCAUAAGCUGGCUCAUGCUAAGUUGGCCAUCUAUCAGCACCCCCAGGUCCUUUUCCACUGAGCACCUUUUCAGCCACUCCUCCCCAAGCUGUAGCAUUACAUGGGGUUGUUGUGGCCCAAGUGCAUGACCCAGCACUUUGUGUUGCUGAACCUCAUACCAUUGACGGCAGCCCAUCAAUCCAGCCUGUCCUGAUUCCUGUGCAGAGCCUCCUACCUUCCAGCAGAUCAACACUUCCACCCAACUUGGUGUCAUCUGCAAAUAUACUGAGAGUGCACUCCAUUCCCUCAUCCAGAUCAUCACUGAAGAUAUUAAGCAACACCAAUCCUAACAUUGAGCCCUGAGGGACACCACUAGUGACCAGUCGCCAACUAGAUGUGACACCGUUUACCACCGCUCUUUGGACUCAGCCAUCCAGCCAAUUUCCAGCCCAGCAAAGAAGACACCUAUCCAGGCCAUGAGCAGCCAGUUUCUCCAGGAGAACGCUGUGGAAGACCGUGUCGAAUGCUUUACUAAAAUCCAAAUAGACAAUGUCCACAGCCUUUCCCUCAUCAACCAGGUGGGUCACCUUAUCGUAGAAGGAGAUCAGAUUGGUCAAGCAGGACCUGCCCUUCAUGAACCCAUGCUGACGGGACCUGAUUGCUCUGUUUUCCCGCACGUGUUUUAUGAUCUCACUUAGGAUCAUCUGCUCCAUGACCUUCCCUGGCACUGAGCUCGGGCUGACAGGCCUGUAGUUUCCAGGGUCUUCCUUCCUGCUCUUUUUGUAGAGAGGUGUCACGUUGGCCAAGCUCCAGUCCUCUGGGACCUGCCCACUAGAGUAGGACUGCUGAUAGAUGAUGGAGAGUGGCUUGGCAAACUCCUCUGCCAGCUCCUUCAGCACACUUGAGUGUAACCCAUCCGGCCCCAUAGACUUAUCUACAUCUAAGGGCAACAGGAGGUCACUAACCAUUUCUUCCUGAAUUAUGGGGACUUCAAUCGGUUCCCCAUCUCUGCCAUCCAACUCAGGGAUCUGAGUACCCUGAGGGUGGCUGAUGUGGCUAUUAAAGACUGAGGCAAAGGCAGCACUAAGUACCUCACCCUUUUCCUUUUUGGCCUUUGUGCCAUGUCUUCAGAUAGUCAAGUCUGUGUGAUGUCCUUUCCAAUAAGCCUGAAGGUAGCCAGAACCUGCAAGAUCCCUCACUGCCUCUGAAUUUUCCUGUUGUGGGAAUUGCUGAAACACGGGGUCCGUGAUGUUGAGAGUCCCAUAAGCCAGGAGGACUCCUUGUUUUGUCAUACAUUCAUUUGCAAAGUUGACCAUUCAAACAGCCUUUGUCACUUUUCAAAUAGGCAGGAUCUAACCUGGCGCCACUGAGACCCUGCAGCCUUAGAAGCUCCUGAUGCUGUUUUAAUACUCUAAGUUGUCAGAUUAGAACUGCACUUUAACCCAUCCACUGCUGGUUUUUAUUUACACAUUUUAUUUAUUAAAUACCCGCUGGUGUUUAUUUACAAUUUCCAUUACUUUUCUGUGCUAUUCUGUCUUCUUAGGUGUGCUGGAAACACAUGGUAGACACCCACACAUUUUGUGCCUAAGCAGGGAAAUCAAAGUCACCAUCUUCAAGUAAGCAUCGAUUAUUUAAACAGUAUCAUCUUUUAUUUGUGAAGCAGUCACAUAAUUACAUAAUACAAACCUACCUCACAGGGACGUUGUGAGGCUUUCACAAGUAUUUGUAUGGCCUUCAGAAAGAGGAAGCCUGUAAGUGCUUAGUAGUAUUUUAAUAAAGAAUUUAGUUUUUUCCUCCAGA